CUCGCCGCCGGCGCCCUGUGGCCCUGAGUCCCAUUCCUACCUUCAUUUGGCAUCCACUUUCGUUAGCAGCAGCCGCUUUCCAACACCGCAAUACCCGCCUCGAUGGAGCCGCAUGCCAAUGGUACGCUGGCGCUGGCACAGGAUGUCCAGCAGCAGAAUGGAGUCAAGUUUGACGUCACGCCUGCCUCGCCGCCUGCUGGCCCACGGCGGACCGAUACCAUCGAGAGCCAAUAUUUCGUUGAGGCCCCAGAGACCGCCGACGAGCAGAUUGCGCAGGCGCAGCUGCAGCAGGAGCGACGGCAGCAGUUGCAUAGGAACCGCCCCUCUGCGGCCACCAUAUCCACUAUGGCCUCCGUACCACCGCCAGGCUCCAUCUUGACCGGCAAGCAGGAGCACUACCUCAAGCGUGAACUUAUUUCCAAUCAGACUCAAUGGGAGAUUAAGGAACUUUCACAUCCAACUGCACUACAACGCUUUGGAGCGCCCUUCCGAUCAGACGCUGGCGAAGUUGCACCUCAAGACUCCGAAUUGCCAUUGCUACGCUAUAUCUUCGUACACCAUGUACGAAAUUUCCCCUUCCUCAACCAGGCGAAAGAGAAAGAGUUUUGGCAGGACAAGUUGCAAGCUUUUCUCGAGAGCUUUGCAAACAAGCGCAUAUCCUCUGCCGAAGAUCGGCUAGAGCAGACGAAGAGGGCGAAACUGGCGCUCAAGGCGACCAAAUUGGUGGAGCUGAUGAUGGUGUCAGGAAUACCCACCGCUUCUGGCUACGAGGAGAGGAUUCGUUUUGCAGAGAUGGAGGUGGUCGAGCGUGGGGCCAACGAGGAAGGCCUAGUGGUCAAUGUGCCAGAGGGCCAUGAGAUCAACGGAUGGGAUGUGAAUGUUGCUGGAGUUCGACUUGUCAGCAUCAAGAGGCACGUCCGCUACCACAAGCACGCCGAGUUUAUUCUUCGCGUGAAGCACAAGGAUGAAAAGGAGAUAUUUGUCGCAAGAAGAUUUGGUGACUUUGCUAAGAUGCACAAGAACUUGCGUUUGGAACUUCCAGGCAAGGUGCUACCUCCGCUUCCUCGCAAGAACAAGGCUCAAUCCAUCUACAGUGGCCGUGACGAUGCCGACGCAGAUAGUAUCUCAUCCUUCUCAACCCAGGAAACCCCACCAAUCGCAUCGACACCUGAAAAUGCGCCGGAAAGUGGGCCAGGAGGCUUCCGCUCCUACCUUUCUAGCUGGACUGGUGGUAGUGGGCACAGCAGAAAUGCUUCAAGGACUUCGCUACAACAGUCAUCCUCGCCGCGCGCAUCUAUGGAAGUCAACAGAGGCGCCUCCAUUGCGUCGACUCCGGCCCGAGAAGUGACGCCAGAUACGGUGCUUCAUCGAGAAGAGCAGCGUGUAUCGUUGCGUGCAUUCCUCCGCAACUUCCUGCAGACUGAACCAAUUGCCAAUUCGAGAGCUAUGAGCGACUUUCUGACCAAGAAUCCAAUCCAGCCGAGUGUAGAAGAGUUGCAAGAUAUCGAGAGAAGAAAAGCAAUGGAUGAGAAGCGUCUCGAAGAGCAGCGUCAAUUCUUUGAGAUUGCGAGAGAACGUGCACGGGAAUUGGACAUCCACAUGGAGAAGUUCAGGCGCAGCGUCGUGGAGAGUAAUGGUCUCCGAAACCUCUUUGCCGAGAUCAAGAGAAAGGACAAAAUCGCAGAUCUCGAUCCCGAGUUUAGGAAGUUCGCAGAAUGGCUCCGCAUAGAAGUGGCGGCGACAUUAUACCACCUCUUUCUGGCCGAGGACAAUUCGCCCGAAUUGUUUGCACAGGCGAAACGGAUUCAUAGUCUGGUUCCUUAUUCCGCCCUGAAGCAGGUGAUUCGCUUCACCAACCCGGCAGCGGUCAUGGCCAGCGUCCUCGAUAUUUUCAUGGCACAACCGCUCGGCGCCAAGUCCUUGCUGCAGCGUAUAUUCGCCAUGGCAUUGGGCGACGGAAUUAGGAGCCUGCAGAGAUCGAUAGAAGCGCUCACAGCUAAAAUCGAUGAGCCGACGCUGACAGACAAGAUCAAGAACUAUAUUGAGUCAUUCGAAGAAGUCAAGAACAACGUCCGAGAAGAAGCCAGAGAUGAGCAAGUCGAUCUCCUCGUCAAAGUGUUACAGAGCGAAGAAAUCGAGCCUCAGCUAUCUUCCGAGCAGAUUGGACGCAUCUUCAACGCCUACGUGGCAUGGAAUAAUGCCGUGGAGAAUGUCGAUGAGGAAAUGAGGCAGGGUGCAGAGCUGUUCGCUAGGCUGAAGCAACUGCUCAAGCUCCACACGCGUCAGAGAGACAAGAAGAUGAUGUUGGAGAUGGUGGAGGAGCCCAACACCCUGCGCCUCUUCCGCGAUCUCUUCACAAUCUUCUACGAACCGCUUGUGCGAGUCUACAAAUCUGCAAAUGUCUAUAACAGCGUCACGGACUUUGCUCGCUUCGCCGAUGAUGCCAUUCAAACCAUUGAAAAGGCUCAGCGCCAGGAUGUUUCUGCCGACCCGAACCAGACUGUACAGAACUUCAUCGACCUCUGCGAGCGACAUGAAGAUGACUUGUACAAGUUCAUACACGAAGUGCAUCUGCAUGACAAUGGCCUGUUCGAUAAACUUAUGACAUGGAUCGAGGGAAUCCUGGAUUUCUUGCGAAACGGUCCCAAAGGCGGAAAGCUUGACAUGAACGCACUCUUUGCGGGCGCUCUAGAAUCGAAGCAGAUCGACAAGACCAUCGCGCUGAAAGAGAUUAAUAGUCUCAUCAAAUGGCAGACGGCGCGAAAGCGAUGGCACUCUGACAAGACACGGCAGAAAAUGGCAUCCGGCGGUCAGGCUGACGCAAGUAGCAUGGGCGGUUUAGCGAACACUUUUAAAUCCAGCGACUUUGGCAUUAACCCACAAGACCUGGCUGACAUGGACAUGAAUGACGAAUUUGAGGAUGAAGAGAUUGAUUCGGACGAGGAAGACGAGGCCGAUCCGAUAGAAGCGGAGCGCAGGCGAAGAAGCAGACGACAAGACAUGUUGAAGAGGACGGCGGGCGAGCCGAUCAAGCCUAAAAUCACGGAGCUCCAUAAGAUGAUGGACCCAUUCUUGAGCAUGCUCAGAAAUGUGCUGGCGUGCUGAAUAGAGAUCAGAUAUACCCGAAUUGCGAUGGAUGCUUGCUUGCUUGCUUGCUUGCCUGGGACUAAUAGACUUGCAUAUUCAGGUCCGAGGGCUGGUGGUGGUUCGAUGCAUUCAUUUUUUUUUCUUUCUUUUUGGAGAUGAUACACCUUCAUGCGAUGAUUGUAAUCUGUAAAAUGUGAUAGGAAUGCAUAGGAAGAGUUUUUUUUGAGGUAUGUAGAAGAAGACCUCAGCUUAUG